CUGACUCCGAAGAGAAAACUAUGGCAGAAGAAGAAGCUCCAACUCCCGCCGCCGCUCCGGCGAAGUCCCCGGCGAAGGCCGCCAAGAAGAAGGCGACACCCAAACCGAAGAAGGCCGGACCGAGCCUCCGUGACCUCAUCGUCGAGGCCGUGUCCGCGUCCAAGGAGCGCAGCGGCGUGUCUCUGGCCGCCCUGAAGAAGGCUCUGGUCGCCGGAGGCUACGAUGUGGAGAAGAACAAGACCCGCGUCAAGGUCGCCAUCAAGGCGCUCGUGGCCAAGGAGACCCUGGUCCAGACCAAGGGAACCGGGGCGUCCGGCUCCUUCAAGAUGAACAAGAAGGUCGAGCCCAAGGCCAAGAAGCCGGUGAAGAAGGCCGCUCCCAAAGCGAAGAAGCCCGCAGCCGCCAAGAAGCCCAAGGCCGCGGCCAAGAAGCCGGCAGCCGCCAAGAAGUCCCCGAAGAAGGCGAAGAAACCCGCCGCGGCCAAGAAGAGCCCCAAGAAGGUGGCCAAGAGCCCCAAGAAGGCCGCGAAGAGCCCGAAGAAGAGCCCGAAGAAGGCCGCGAAGAAGGCCGCACCUGCCGCCAAGAAAGUCCCCGCGAAGAAGGCGGCGGCGGCCAAAGCGAAGAAGACCGCAGCUAAGAAGAAGUGAGCGGCGACCGGUCCGACAACAACGGCUCUUUUCAGAGCCACACACCUUCUCUGAGACAAACGUCCAUAUUCGUAUUUUUAAAAAUCAUAUCAUAAAUUUAUAUUUUUAUGUUGGAGGAAGAUGUUGCUUCAACGGAUUCUCCUAUAUAACGACAUGGGAUUUCUCUGUUUAAUAUAUACAUGCACAUUAUGGUAAAACUAUUACUAAUACAUACAUCAAAUAGAAAUAUGAAAUAACAUUUGAAUCGAUCAAAUAUUGUCAGAAACCUUCAUUUCAAACCAGUUUUAUAGUUUUUUUUUGUUUCAACACAACAAAUGGAUGAAACAGUAUUUAGACCUGAUGGCGUUAAUAUCUUAAUUAAUAUAUAUGAAGAUAAGAAUUAAGAUUGCUUUUUUUGUAUGAUUUUUUUAAUAAACGUCAAUUUAGUUAA